UUCCCGCGGGGGUGGUGGUGGUGGAAACAGGCCCGGCAGCCGGCUCUCCCAUCCCGAGAUGUCCACCCUGGCGAGUUCACGGCGAAGGUGAUAACAGAAGUCUUCAGAGCCAAGGCCAUCCGGCUCCUCGCUGGCCAGAAGCAGGGUAUUGAUGCAGAACUCUAUUAUGUGAGGAAUGAUCUUAUCAAUCACUACGCCUUGUCCUUUAAUUUGUUAAUACCUGUAGAGACAAACAUUCUCCAUUUUAGUUGGCAUGCUAAGGCCAAGGUUGAAUAUAAACUGGGAUUUCAGGUUGAUAAUCUAUUGGCUAUGGAUAUGCCACAGGCAAAUAUUUCUGAACAAGGAGAAGUCCCUCGCACUUUAUCAGUGUUUCGAGUGGAACUUUCCUGCACCGGCAGAUUAGAUUCCGAGGUUACGGUACUAAUGCAGCUCAACAUGACAGUAAAUGCUUCCAAAAAUAUCACAGUCUUAAAUUUCAAACGAAGGAAAAUGUGUUAUAAAAAACUUGAACAAGAAAUAAAAAUUCCAAUAUUGGACAAAAAUAGCAGCAAAGCUAUUUUUGAUCCUGUAAAUGCAGCUCCUACCACUUCUACACGUGUGUUUUAUAUCAGUGUAGGAGUUUGCUGCGCAGUCAUAUUCCUGGUAGCGAUAAUACUAGCUGUUUUGCAUCUUCACAGUAUGAAGAGAAUAGAGUUGGAAGACAGCAUUAGUAAUAGCAGUAGUUCACAAGGCUUAUCACAGCCUUCAACUCAAACAACACAGUACUUGAGGGCUGACACACCUAACAAUGCAACACCCAUUACUAGCUCCUCAGGUUAUCCUACUUUACGGAUAGAGAAGAAUGAUCUUAAAAGUGUAACCCUGAUGGAAGCCAAAGCUAAAGUGAAGGACAUAGCAAUCUCCAGAGAGAGAAUAACACUAAAAGAUGUUCUCCAAGAAGGAACAUUUGGGCGAAUAUUCCACGGAACUCUUAUAGAAGAAAAAGACCCUACCAAAGAAAAGCAGGUGUUUGUUAAGACUGUGAAAGAUCAGGCCUCAGAAGUUCAAGUGACUAUGAUGUUGACAGAAAGCUGUAAACUCAGAGGCCUUCAUCACAGAAAUCUUCUCCCUAUCUCUCAUGUUUGUAUAGAGGAAGGAGAAAAACCAAUGGUGUUGUUGCCUUACAUGAAUUGGGGGAAUCUCAAGCUGUUUUUGCGGCAAUGCAAAUUAGUAGAAGCAAAUAAUCCUCAGGCAAUUUCACAACAAGAUCUUGUACAUAUGGCUAUUCAGAUUGCCUGUGGAAUGAGCUAUCUGGCCCGAAGAGAAGUCAUUCACAAAGACCUUGCUGCUAGAAAUUGUGUCAUUGAUGAUGCACUUCAGGUAAAGAUUACAGACAAUGCGCUGUCCAGAGACCUAUUUCCCAUGGAUUACCAUUGCCUUGGAGAUAAUGAAAAUAGGCCGGUGCGGUGGAUGGCUCUUGAAACCUUAGUUAACAAUGAAUUUUCUGGUGCUAGUGAUGUGUGGUCUUUUGGCGUAACCUUAUGGGAAUUGAUGACUUUGGGACAAACACCAUAUGUAGAUAUUGACCCCUUUGAGAUGGCUGCCUAUCUAAAGGAUGGAUAUAGAAUAGCUCAGCCUAUCAACUGUCCUGAUGAAUUGUUUGCUGUGAUGGCUUGUUGCUGGGCACUAGAUCCUGAGGAGAGACCUAAAUUUCAGCAGUUGGUACAGUGCCUCACUGAAUUCCAUGCAGCCUUGGGAGCCUAUGUCUGACAUAGGAGACUCCUAUGCCUACUUGGAAAUGGACACUGAUUCACAUAGUAGCAGAAUGGGACAUUUACAUUUAUUUAUAAAUGAACACCAUAAUCUCUAUCUGAAACAAAUUUCCCACUGAUCUCAGUGGCAUUUCCACAUGAUGUGAUCACGGAGACAUCAUGUAAAACAGCAACAUUAGAAGAUCUUCUUGCCAAAUCACUGUGCCUUAAAAUAGUCUGGCUUUUUUCCCCUUUUCCUUUUUUCCUUCUUGGUGAGAAUAGGUUUUAUUAUAUGUGUCACUUAAGUGGAACUACGACUCCUGCUCCCUAAAGAAUUCCUGAAAUAUAGGCAUAAUGAACUGGAACAUGAAUUGGAUGAGUACUAGCACUGUUAAAGAAGAUACAGACUUAUUUUCAAAAGUGUUUUAACUGACAAGUAUGUGGAUGCUUUUGUAAAAGUCUUAAAUAGCAACAGCCAUCCCCUUUUCUCCCUCCCUCCUGCAAAGACGUGUGUAUUUGAAACAUCAAAAUAUUUAAAAUGACUUGACUGGCUUUGGUGUUCAUGGUUAUAAGUUGGAAUAGGCUUUUUAUGUAUCAGUUGCUUUUCCUUAAGAUGACAGCACAAUAUAGUUGGAACCACAAGUGGCCUUCUAUUGUUUUUUAACACCACUCUCCAACUGCAGCUCUUGUUGGAGAAAACCUUACAUUCAAGGUGCUUUAUUUCUCUAAAAAGCAGUUAUGUAAAACUGAUUCCAGAUUACCUCAGAAAGAGUAAAAUGGAACCUCAUGCUAAAUGUCUACUUUGCAGACAGGAUGUUCCAAGUGCUAGAAAGUCAGAGAAGCACCAAAGCAACCUGUUUGUUAAGAGCCUUUCACAUUGGACUGUAGAACACCGUUUUCUUGUUCAAAAGGUACGGUUUAUGUGUUCAGGAUUUUUUAUGACCUGAAAUGGAAUAAAAUAUAUAAAUAUA